AUGGAAGUUGGAGAGUCGGAACAUUCGGGUCGUUCUUUUCGCCAGCGAAAAAGCAGAUCCAAUCCAAUGUGCUGUCCCAUUUGUGGCAUUACGUUACGAGUGCACGAAAUCGAUCACCAUUUUGCGGUGGAAGUGGAUCGAUUGGAGCGUAUCCUGAAGCCCAAGAAACAGCUAUCCCACCAUGAUGGCGAAAUCGCGUGCGGUUCUGCCGGGACAAGUAACAGUAACGGGUCCGGGCCUAGUCACAGUGGAAACAACUCGUCCGUGUCGCGAUCGAAUGGCCAUAGCAGCGAACAGCUAGCUACAACGAGCAACGUUAGCCCGGACGAGUGCUGGGGAACUUAUCAGAAGAUAAAGAACAAUCGGCAGGCGCGACUAAAGUUGAAGUCAAGAAAACGUAAACCAGAGGAUAAUGUUUGUCCAAUAUGCAACAAAACGACCCUGGAGGACAUAACGCUCCAUGUAGAAUCUUGCCUAAGAAAAUCGGAAACACAGCGAAACGGAGGAAACUCAGCCACUCACUGUAGCGGCGAUGACGACGACGAUGAUGACGAUGAUGCCAGCAUAGACGUCGAGGGGGAAUUUUUCGACGUAUACGAAUGGGCAGGACAAAAACGUGUCCGUGCCACGAGCAUGCUGGGGGCCGGCGGUCACGGUGCCCUAGGCGUACGAGUCACUAACGCCGACGAUACAGAUGACGAGCUGAACGUGGAUGGUGACGAAAGUCAGGUAUACGGACCACCGCAAUACUCGGAGCGGGAUGUAAUCGUAACAGGACAAGGCACGUCGAGCAACAGGCUGCUCCGUGAUCUGCUAAUUGCUAACGAUCCUCAAGUCGUUAAACCUCCUAUAGAUGAUAACUCGGGCCAGGGGACAAGCAAAGCGGUUGUUACAGCAGCGCCGGCUCCUGCUUGCAUGUCUCAAGUUCCCGAGCCCCUGCAGGACAGCACUGCCCCGGGACAGGGUACUGAAAGCCACAUUUUAGAGUCUUUAAAGGCGAAAAUUCGCGAAUACGAAGGGUACAUUCGCAACCGACCAAAGUGUUUGAUCUGUAUGGACGAUUUUCGCAAACCGAUUGUGUCGAUAUGCUGCUGGCAUGUGUACUGCGAAGAAUGUUGGUUGCAUACACUGGGAGCAAAAAAGCUGUGUCCACAAUGCAGUAUGAUCACCUCGCCGACUGAUUUACGAAGGAUUUACCUGUAGUAUAGGCGGGGAUCGGGAGUUCGAGCAUUGCCGCAUUAAAAAAGAAAAACAAAGAAAGCGUAUAAUACAUGCUGGAGGAUGCGUGGUGGUAAAACGAUACAGGGUUACCUAGAUAUAUCGCCCCCCAGUCGCUACAGGCAUGGCUGAAGGAACGGCAGCGUACGUUAGAUGGUUUCACCGGACGCUUAAAUAACCCGAAUGAAAAAAUGAGGAAAA